ACACCCCGGGCAACGGCAAGGGGAGGCGGGAGGGGGCGUGGCCUCGGCGGGACCAGGCGGAUAAGAGGCGGCGCUGACUGCCCGCCUUCUAAGCUGGGACUGUUCUUGCGGCGGGGCGGAGGCGGGGCGGCCCGGCACCACCUCCGACUACCUGGAAAGGCCCGGGCUUGCGAGCUAGCGAGGCUCCGGGCCCAUCGCUUCCUCUCGCUACGUCCCCUGCCGAGGAGGCUCGCUCCACGCGCCAACAUGGCGGGCGGGCGCUGGGGCCCGCUGCUGACGGCGCUCCUGGCCGUCCGGGUCGCGGUGGCGGAGGAGGCCGGCCCCGCGCAGGCCGCGCUGCCGCAGGAGCGGAGCUGGGUGCGGCCCAUGACCGCCUCCAACUGGACGCUGGUGAUGGAGGGCGAGUGGAUGCUGAAAUUUUAUGCCCCUUGGUGUCCGUCCUGCCAGCAGACUGACUCAGAAUGGGAGACAUUUGCAAGGAACGGUGAAACACUUCAAAUCAGUGUGGGCAAAGUGGACGUCAUUCAAGAGCCAGGUUUAAGUGGCCGCUUCUUUGUCACUACUCUCCCAGCAUUUUUUCAUGCAAAGGAUGGAAUAUUCCGCCGUUACCGUGGCCCAGGAAUCUAUGAAGACCUGCAGAAUUAUAUCUUAGAGAAGAAAUGGCAAUCAGUUGAGCCUCUGACUGGCUGGAAAUCCCCGGCUUCUCUGACGAUGUCUGGAAUGGCUGGUCUAUUUAGCAUCUCUGGCAAGAUAUGGCAUCUUCACAACUAUUUCACAGUGACCCUUGGAAUUCCUGCUUGGUGUUCUUAUGUCUUUUUCAUCAUGGCCACCUUGAUUUUUGGCCUUCUCAUGGGUCUGGUCUUGGUGAUAAUAUCAGAAUGUUUCUAUGUACCACUUCCAAGGCAUUUAUCUGAGCGCACUGAGCAGACUCGGAGGUCAGAGGAGGCUCACAAAGCUGAACAGUUGCAGGAUGCAGAGGAGGAAAAAGAUGAUUCAAAUGAGGAAGAAAACAAGGACAGCCUUGUAGAUGAUGAAGAAGAGAAAGAAGACCUUGGUGAUGAGGACGAAGCGGAGGAGGACGAGGAGGAGGACAGUGCUGCCGCUCGCGUGGAUGAGGAGAGGAACGACGCCCAGGACCAGGGGCCCCUGAGAGAGGUCCAGGAGGAUGGAGAACCUGAGCCUGAAGAAGACACGCCUGUGCAGCCCAGCCCAGCCGACACAGAGGUGGCGGAAGACACAUUGAGGCAGCGCAAAAGUCAGCAUGCCGAUAAGGGCCCAUAGGUCUAGUGACGGUGUUUCCAAGAAUUCAGACCAAAGGACUGUGUCAGCUUCCCUCUGGUCUGCAGUGUAAAUCAAAUUCGUACUUUUUCCUGAAUGAGCAAGCUUCUCUUAAAAAAUGAUCUCUAGUCAUGUAGUCUUAUGGCAUUAAGCCUCAUGUAUAUUAAUGAGAGUCUUUCAGGCAUGACAAUCAGGAAACAGAAAGACAAACACGGUGUUAGAUCUGUUUGAGCACUUAGUAUGGGCACAAAUUCAUUUGCUUGGGGCUAGAGAGUUUUGACCCGAGAAAGCACCCUGCAGGCGCCAUAAAAUGAAAGCAAAGCAACAUGAGCCUCCUCACAAGCAGCAGACGUCUUGUGGAAGUCUUUUGUGUGAAGUAUUCGUUUUUGUCAAAUGUAAGAAACAUCAGCCACCGCGGUGGAGAGACACUUUUUUAGAGGUAGAAAUUGAGAGGGCCCUGGAUUAUUAUGGUAGAAAAGAGUUUGGACAUCAUCCCAACUCUCCGAAUCUCUUUUGCUGUGAUUUAUUUCUUACCUUUAGUAUCUCCAACCUUCCCACCACGGGCCUGCAGGCGCCCCACACGCUUCACAAUACUUCCUCAGUGAUAGGCCACAGACAGCGGCCGGUUGACAUCAGCCGCUUUCCUUCUUGACUUAAGGGUUUACAUAAUCCGGAACCAAAGCCCGUGACUGCCAAGCAUCUUGAAUGAAAUGUUAUAACCUUUGGAGAUUCAAAAGGAAGUAGGGGUUUUAUAGGAGUGAUUUUUGUUUUUGUUUUUUUGCCAAAAUCUAGUAAUUACUUUUUUUCAAAAAGUUCCUUUAGCAAUAUUCUUUUGAAGCCAGAAGUGCCCUAAGUGUUGCCAGUACAAGGUAGUCUUGUGAAGAGAACUUGAAUACUUUGCUGUUUUGCUUCCAUCUCAAGGGGUUCCUUGGCUCUUGAACCACUUUAUUAUUAACUGCAAAACCAUUUCUGGUUUUCGUUCAGUGAUGUGCUUUUGGUGAAAGAAUUAAUGAAAGUGAAUAUCUGGAAAUGAAAGAUUUGGUUUCGUUUCCUUCUUCCUUAAUCUUGUAGAGAAUUUUAUUCCUGUAAAUCUCUCAAUACUCAGUCCACUAAAAGUACCCAGGGGGCCUGAUUUCUUUUAAAGAAUCCAUCCAUCUACUUCUGUCUUACCUGAUUUAUGUCUUAGAAUAAAUUCGUAAAAUUAGAUUCCAAGCUUAUGAAAGAUGUCUAAAGUUGAUCCUACACCCCUUGGGUCCAGACAGAAAAACAAGUAGUAUAGGUUUAUGAAAUUCGAAAAGUUUCUGUCAUCUUUAUAAAGAAAUAUGCAGUAUACUCCUGUCUGGCUGUUUAGAUAACCCUUACCUCAUAUUAACUUUGAACAGGGGCUCAUUGGAGGAGGGGGAGGUCUGAAACUCUCUACCCUCGGGUGGAUGAAUGGGUCUGUUGCAAGCCUCACACAAAGGGAGUUUUUAUUCUGACAGAAGCUAGUUUUUAGAGAUGGUUAUUUUUCAUCUUUCCAACUCAGUUACCUGACAGGCUCAUCCCCUAGUACGGUGAGGUUCAUUAACAGUCGCCAAUAGUUUUUUGCUUCAGACAGCUACAGAAUCUUGAGUUUGAAGCUAUCACAGAACUGAGGGACUGGGGAAACCUUGACUUUGGCUCAUUUCCUGCCCCUCCUGCCAUGUAAGUCUCUGAUACAUGCUCACCCCAAGCACCAUGGUUCUGAUGGUGGCAGUUAUGUCUCCCUAAUAUUGGGAAGCUUUUCUAGAUCAUUCUCUUCUCUUCUCUUCUGUCACUGGAUUUCUUUCUCUGAAACAAAGUUUUCAAAGAUCACUAAGUUCAAGUUCAGAGGUGUGGAAUAAAAAAGAUUUCAUUAUUUGACUUUUUUGUUUAAACCUCCCCCCUUUGCCCAUUCCCCUAUAUUAAAACUUUUUUUUUUAAGUGUAGUGUUUGACCAGAAGGGAAGGAAUGAAGAAAUAAAAUCCACUUUGGCUUUUUAUAAAUGUAAGGCCAAUUUCUAAUUGAACCCCAAAUAGUAUCUAAUUAUAAUAAGAAAAAUAUAUGUUCUUUCUCAAAAAUACUUGUAAAAAAUUGGAGGAAGAGGAGAAAACAGUUUGGCAAAGAAGGUCCAUUAAAAGUUGGAGCAUCUGUGGCUACAGGUACCAUUUUUUUUUUUAAACAUCCCAGCAAAAGAUGGGGUUUUUACUCAAUGGACUGAUAAGUACACAUCUAAUUUAAUCUCUUCCCACUUAAGGCCUUUAGGUUUGUUUUCAGUAUUUACUGGAUAUAAAACUAAAGGGAAAAAGUCAACCUAAAAUAAUUUAUGAUUAGAUUAACACCUCAAUAGGAUUUUGUGGAUUUUUCGUGUGGAUAAUAUAUUUAAUCCAGGAGCCAAAUCAUGGAAACACAGUUUUGAUUUUAAAAAUUAAAAAAUAAUCAUGCUUCCUUAUGUUGCAAUAUCAGUUACUUACAGAAUAGUGUUUUAUAUAACUCAAAUCAGGAAAAUUAAAUAAAAGUGACUCUAGAUUUUGGAAUAGAUGUGAAAUACUUUACAUGGGAGCAGUUGGAGCAGGGUGUCUUUUCGCUGAUUAGAAGGAAAAUUUGAAACUUCUACCUUUUUCUUAGUUUCUUUUAUCAUUCAUCUCUUGCUAGAUCUGCUAAAGCACCCCAACUUGCUUAGAGCUCUCUCAUUGAAGCAAUGAGUAGACAAUCCCACUUCUUUCCUUCCCUUUGAAGUGUAAGCACUGAAUGGGGUGACAGGCAGGACUCCUCUACUUCACAGGUCCCUGCACUGCAUGGGUGCAUACUUACCACCUGAACUGAUGCAUAUGAGCCCUGUUAGCCACAGGACUCCUUAACUACAAAAAGAAAUCCAAAAUAAUGACUGUAAUAAAAAGUAUACAAGCUUUAGAGAAUGCCAAAUUUUGACUUUUUUAUGGCCCCAAUCCUUGCUGAUAGCUAUGGCAUUGCUACAUGAUUUGAGUUUAUAUAAGCCUGCAGAGUCCACAGUGCAUAACACCUUUGGGGAAGGAUGAUAAAAAAUGUCUUCUGAAGCGAGCACUUAGCAUACGACUUUUUAUGACCAAGUAUUUAAGACUGGAGCCUGUAUGCUGCUUUACAGGAUGGCAAGCAUUAAAGAGUCCAAAAAAAAAAAAAAAAAAAAAGUAGAAACAAUAGGGUACACCUAAGAUUUCAGUAUAAAAUGUUAAAUUGGCAUGAAGUGAGAGAAAGAAGGGAAAGAUUGGUGCUUUCGCUAAUGUGUAUCAAUUUAUCUCUGUCCAGCUCAGUGUUGAAGUGUUAUCUGCCAGUAUUAUAAAUGUAUAAUUGACCCAUCCCAUCAAAUAUAACAACAUUUUGAAAAGUAUUCAUGUAAAUCUUUUGUGCCAACAGAAAACUUCCUCCUUGUUCAGUAUCUUUACCUCAGUCCUACAUUUUGAUCCUCUUCAGAAGAUUAGUUUGUCUUGAAAAACCAAACACGGAGUCAUCAAGUCUGAUGAACCUGGAUGGGGCAGCUUUUUGAGUAGCUUUUCUGAGCCAGGAGAUUUGGUUGAAAGGCCUUUGGUAGUUUCAGACCAGGACAUGGCCUUCAGAUGGCCUCUUGGUCAAGUUUCACGUGAACUGUGCCAUUGUUUCUGUGUGCCUCAGACCAUUUUAACAUGUUUCCAAUGUAGUGUGAUUGUAUUUGUUCCUAAUUAGUUUCUUUGUGCAAAUGCAGUUUUUACACUAAAAAUACUGUUUAUUUGUAUUGUAAUACAUUCUAAAUUUGUUAUUUA